CAGACACAUUUCACGUGAAUGUCGUUGGAUAGCCUCACACACGUACUGCACACGGUCCCUCAUAGUCUGUCGGCACGUCACUGGCCUGCCGGACACACACAUCACGUGGCUGAUACACACCGAAUCGCAUGUCGCCAUACACAUCCAUCCAGCAAAUCCGACUUACUACACAGAAAAAGCUCAACUCAUCUCUUGCUAUUCCACACACCGUACUAAUGCCCUCGCUCAAUUGCUGUGCCCCUGCCACACAGGCUCGUCCCUGCCCCUCUCAUGUGCCCAUCAACCUAUCGGCCGAUGCGCUCCUUCUUGACCUGCGGCUCGUCCUGCACAUCACCAAUCGCCUUCCUCUUCGAGCCCCGACCCGGCAUGCCACCAUCCUGAUCGCCAUUCUCAUUGCCAUCCACGCCGUUGUCGCCUCUGCUCUGCCGUGUCCGCUGCGUUUCAACCGUCAGCCGGUCGCAGUAGUUGUUGCGGUGUAUGUGGCGAGGGGUGCCGAUGGCGUCGAUCUGCUGGUGCAGCAGCUUCGAGAGGCCGUUGGCUGCGGCGAAGAAGCCCUCCAUGGCCCUGUCGAGCUCCGCUGCCUGGCUGGCGUCAUGCUGGGAGGCCAAGGAGAGCGUUGCCUCGGUGGCUUGCAAGAUGCUGUCCACAUGGCGACCGGCCGACUGCAGGAGACGUGAUGAGGAUGAAGAGGCUGUCAUGGGUUUUUGGCGCUCGAG